GGCUGCCCUAACUCACAUUUCACCUCUGCCCUGAACCACCAGUGGAAACUCCUCUUGCCAAUCCGUCGUGUCGCGAAGCUACACUUGAGCACCUCUUCUCGCUAAACAGGGAAGGGUUGGCAGUGUGAAUACAAAAGUACAACCUCGUCCCCCUCAGUCCUCUGCCCACCAUGAACAAAACCACAAGCCUCCUCCCUUUCAUACGCAGACCUCUCUCCCGUACCUUUGCCACAACUACACGAAAGGCUGCCGAUCAUGUAAGAAUAGUUGAAGUUGGUCCGAGAGAUGGCCUACAGAACGAAAAGACCGCCAUUUCGUUAGAGACCAAGCUUGAACUCAUCCGGAGACUGGCUGGGACAGGCGUGACACAUCUGGAAGCUGGAUCUUUCGUUCCAGCCAAAUGGGUACCUCAGAUGGCCUCCACUUCAGAUAUUCUCGAGACACUGCUUGAUUCUCCACCUCCUGCGCCUCAUGGCAUCGCCUAUAACUACCUAGUUCCCAAUAUUCGAGGCCUAGACAACCUCGUUAAAAUAUUCCAGGCAAAGAAUGCCCAAAAUCCUACUGCAGAACCCACUCCUCCUCCCUCUCCUCAGCCUGGUCAAUCACAACCCCCGACUCCCACGGCAUCUGCCAACUCGACCGAGAUCUCGCUCUUUGCCGCUGCCACCGAAGCCUUUUCACAGAAGAAUACCAAUUGCAGCGUUGCUGAGAGUCUAGAAAGAUGCAUACCCAUCAUGGACCUGGCAAAACAGCAUAAUAUCCGGGUGCGAGGCUAUGUCUCUGUUGCCCUGGGCUGUCCAUACGAGGGUCCAGACACUGAUCCUCACAAAGUCGCCGAAAUUACGGCAUCUUUGUUAGAAAUGGGCUGCGAUGAAGUCUCAGUCGCAGACACUACCGGUAUGGGCACCGCCCCACGGACGAGAAAACUCCUCCAAACGCUCAAAGAAGCCGGCAUUCUGGAAGAAGACAUUGCCUUACACUUUCACGACACCUACGGCAUGGCCCUCGUCAACACGGUUGUGGGACUUGAGCAUGGUGUCCGCAUAUUCGAUAGCUCGGUUGGUGGACUCGGUGGCUGUCCAUAUAGUCCUGGGGCUACGGGCAACGUCGCCACAGAAGACCUCGUCCACCUCCUGCAUAGCUUAGGAUGUGAGACCGGUGUAGAUAUUGUCAAAAUGGCGGAGAUUGGUCGCUGGAUCACUGCCGAGCUUGGUCGUCCAAAUGACUCCAGAGCCGGAAAAGCAACCCUGGCAAGGUCAAAAGCAAAAUUGUAAUGAAAUACCAUUUCACAGCCCUG